GAAUAUGGUCUGUUAUAUCUUCUGCUACUCUUUCUAUUUCUAUAUAACCCUUAAACUUUUAUCUUAUGGAAAAAACCCUAUCUCUGUCCUCUCCCUCUUAAAAUGCAGCCAUGGCUAUGACUUGUAUCAUAAUUGUUGCCCUUCUCAAUUUUCUCUCUCAUUCUCAUUGUUUAUAUCAUAGACAGCCUCCAUACACUCUAAGGGGUUUGUCGAUGGAAGAAAAGGCAAGAUUGGGUUCAAUGCCACCUAGUUGUCACAACAAAUGCAACCAAUGCCACCCGUGCAUGGCGGUGCAAGUGCCACCACUGCCGAGUCACAACCGAGUACUGCCGAGUCAAACUGAAGCAACUCCAUCAUCAGAUGAGAACGAUAGGUAUUCAAAUUACAAGCCACUUGGAUGGAAGUGUAGAUGUAAUGGACACUUUUACAACCCUUAAUUUGCAUUUGAAUUUCAAUUUUCAAAUUAAUUUUUAUGGAAAUUCAUAAAUUAAGCAUUUUUUUUUUAAUUUUACUUAUUUUCUAGAGUAGCAUAUGGUUGUUGGAUUUUGGAAUUUUUGUAGAGACGAGACAUAUUAAAUGGGGUAUUAAUUUAUUAGUAGCAUUUAGCAUGUGUAAA